AGAUAUCAAAUUCCCCCAAAUUAAAUACCCCUUACGCUUCUUCGUCUUCUCAAACGCGAAGAAAGGAAACCCUAAAUCCUCGCAACGAUGUCGUACGACGACGUGGAGAUCGAAGACAUGGAGUGGAACCAAGAGCUUCAGGCCUUCACCUAUCCUUGCCCAUGCGGCGAUCUAUUCCAGAUCACCAAAGAAGACCUCCGACUCGGCGAGGAGAUCGCCCGCUGCCCUAGCUGCUCCCUCUACCUCACCGUAAUCUACAACAUGGAAGAUUUUCAGGAAAAAUCCAACAAAAAAGCCGAGCCUCCCAAGCCGCAGCCCGUCGCCGUCGCUUGAAAUAUUCGCAGGUCUCAUUAAAUUUUUGGUUAUAUUCAUAGUCCGUAAGCGAUGUGCUUAUGGUGGAUGAGUUUGAUUUAAUCCGUGUUAGAUUAGGUAUUCUGUAAUAUUGUGUUCAAGUGUGGUUGGUUGCUGAAUUUGUACCAUUUUUGGGGAGACAUAGUAGUAAUUGCUUAUCCUUGAUAUAUGAGAUGGUUGAUUCUUCCUUGUUUA